AUGUUUGAACAGUUCAAAAAAAUAUCUUCAGCUAGUUUUAAGGACUUUAUAGAUACGACUGGACUUCAGGUUGUUCGCAAUGAAUGGGAAAACAUUCGUACAAAAUCGGCCGAAAUUCUUACACCUGCAUUAAACCCGCGUUUAGGUUCGUUGUCACCAAGGUUACCCGUGAUUGGCAAGUCACGUACAAUACCGAGUCUAGACAUACCAGCCACUACUGAAUUUUCAUUAAGAUAUGAGAAUGAUUGGAAUUCGAUAAAAGCUGAGGAUGAAAAUAAUUUUCGUAACGCUAUUUUAGUUGAUGGGCUUAUUCAGCAAAUAUUGAAAAAAUGUGAAAAUCAUUAUCAAACAUGCGAGUUAGUUAAAUCGGAGGCUAGUCAAUUGCCUAAAGUAAAAGUAAUGAUCGAUGAAAUAACCCAUUCUGCAAUUUCACUAAAAGGAAAAUUGUCAGAGUUGGAGAAUAUGAUUGAUGAUUAUGCAAAAAAUAAUCAAGAACAAAUUUUCGAAGAUUGGAAACGAACCGAACUUCGUUCACUUGAUAAACAUAUCGAAGAAAAAGAGGCUGAAUUAUCGGAAAAAAGGAGUAUGUAUCAACAACAUUAUGAGGAGUUUAUGAGGAAUCAUAAAAUCCAAAAAGUGCAGUCAUAUCAAGCUGAUUUUGAAACACAAAUGGAAAACUACAAAAAGCGAAUGAUAAAUCCUGCAUUACAUAAUGAAUAUUCACCAAAACUAUCAGAUGAAGAUUUGAUAACUAGUUUAGAACAAGUUGAAUUAGAAACAGCAGAUGAUCGGGAGGCAUUGGAGAAUUUUCUAAGAUCUAACAGUGAUACUGAAGAUAUAAUUGAACAAUAA